AUGGAUGUCGAUGUCGAUUGCAUCCACACCGAUGAAGAUGAUGAAGAUGAUGCUGGUAUGUUCAGCAUCGCCAACGACUGCCACAGUGAGGAAGAUGACGCCCUCAUUGGUAAAGACAACGUCCUUUCAGAAGUGCACACGAAGCGCACUGCUGUUGACAAGGAUGAAUCAGCAUAG